AUGAAAUUUAUAUCAUUACAUGUUCAUGUAGAGUCCUUUGUCUACCUUUGUGAUUUCCAUCGAGAGCAGGCAUGGGAGAGAUGGCUUAAAGCAACUCACAACGGCAUUGGAGAUGAUAAAGAUGAAAUUUUAUCUUUGUUACGCUCUGUAGCAAGAUCCAAAACCAAUGAAGAGUUUGAACUGUCAAGUAACAGAUUAAAGAACAGUCACUUUUGGACAGAAAAUAACAGAUUCAGAAAAUGGUUUGAAGGCAGAUGGUUAAAUAAAUAUAGGAGAUGGGUGCAAGCUUUCCGACAGAAGAGAUACAACACUUCUGUGAAUACUAACAACGGUGUUGAGAGACAGAACAAGACCCUGAAAUAUGAAUUUCUUGAGGCAAAGAAAGCAAAGUCACUGUGUCAUCUUCUUACAAUUUUGUGGAAUGAUUUUCUUCCAGACAUCUAUCAAAGAUAUGUGAAACUGAAUUUGAUAUCUGCAGAGGAAUCAAUGAGGUACAAUCCUGACAUUCCCACUUUCCUAAUAAAUCGUCCAAGAAAUGUUGUAAAGCAUUGCUUUAAAAGAUGGGAAGAAGCAGGAAACAUUUCUGUAGAUGACAUAGAUUCCUUAGGAGAAGACCAAUUCCUGGUAAAGAGUCAGGUUCCAGAGAGCUCACAAGUUUAUUGUGUCCGCUUUUCAGCACCCGACUUUCCAGUACCAUCUUGCGACUGUGAGGACUGGGCCAAACAUCAUUUGCCUUGUAAACACUUUUUUGCUGUCAUUAGAAAUGUUUCUGGUUGGCAGUGGGAGAAACUACCUGAAGAGUAUAGGAACAAUCCCUUCCUGACAUUAGAUGAGAGUGUUCUUUAUGAGUUCAGUUCACCAUCUUAUGUUACUCACCCUGACAGCAAAGAAGACCAAGAGUCAAGAAGAGAGACCAAUACAGACAGCAACAUUCAAGAUAUUAUUUUACCAUCCAAAUCUAGACUUUCUAAAAUAAGAUCCAACAUCAGCAGCUACUGUCAAAUGAUAAGAGACUAUUCAUAUUCUUGUAAGGACGAAGAAAUUUUGGAAACCCUCGGCUCUAAAUUGAAGGAUACAUUAGAUGGUUUAACAACUAGUCUCAGCGAAACUGAUGUACUCCCUGUAGAUAAUCCACAAAAGCAAAUGACCCACAUUGCAACAACACCAGCAAAGCGAAUAAAUAAACUUUCUCUAUCAAAGAAAAGAAACAAAGGAGUUGGGAGACAUGGUUCAUCUGCAGAGAAUAUGCGAAAACAUACAUCCAAGGGUGUACAUGACCUGUUAUCACAUGAGAGCAGUGAGGUGGCAGAGGAGAUCAUUUCCAUUGAAGAUGAUCAGUAUUCACAUUUAGAAGCAAAUGGAAUGAAGGGUAUAUUAAAGAAAACGCACAAAGGUACAAAGCAGGUGAAGAAGGUACAUUUUCCAGAUUCUGGUACCAUGUCACAGACAGUUGCAAAGUAUCAUGAGAUGGAUUAUAGGGAAGCUUUAGAAGAGGUGAACAAAAUUUGGAAUAUGGAAAAAGGCACUGGAUUUUUUAUUGGAAAAGUAACUAAUUUUAACAUCACAGAUGAGGACAUAAGGUCUCUUAAUGGUACAAACUGGGUAACUGAUCAGGUUAUUGAUGCAUAUUUAGCUGCCAUUGUUCAAAAGGAAAUUGAGAAAGGAAACAAGGUUGCUCUAUAUCCAUCACAAACCAUGACUCAGAUCAUGGAUGGAAAUUUUUCAGUUGGAAAGAGUCGAAGGAAGUUGAAGCUAUAUGAGUGUACUUCAAUAAUUGGAGCUAUAUGUAAAAAUCGUCAUUGGACUCUUGUGAUUGUUGAUCCUUUGAAGGGUUUCAUACAUUACUUUAACCCCCUGAAAGAGACCAGAAUUCAAUACAGAUUGAGGAGAUAA